GUGAAUGAGUCAGCCUGGAGCUGGCUAGUUCCCUGUUGCCCACAUGGAUCGAGUAAGCCGCUUGGCGGUCGACCCGUUUUGCGCUUUCUUACGAGAGCUCUCUUGGAUCUAGAAAGAUCUACUGAGGACUAAUAAUCGCAGUGGCAUGAGCUGGUUUCUCUGUCCAUCAGCCAAAUGGUAGUUAUUUUUUGUAGUGUUGACGGUGACACACUCGUCUCGGGCGCUGUUCGGCGGCCGCGUUGGUCUUGGCCGUUCCGGAAUUGAGCAGAUCAGUCUUCAUUCCAGUUCGCUUGGCGGCGUUUGCUCGACGAUUUUUUCGCUUCGUCUCCGCAAAGUCCACACAAUGCAACGCGAUCACGUGAUGAUGGCAGCACCGCGCCAGUCGCCGUGCGCCAUGCUCUCCACCACGACGACCACACACCACAGGCCGGGUAGCGCUGAGUGCACCAGCAGCUCUGCCUCCUCGUGCUCGCCAAAGUCCACCGCCCUGCACCGCUCGCCCGUGCAGCGCUCGCCGGUAGCCACGGUCGGUGAGGUGACGUCCGGUUUCAACACCGUCGGCACCGCUAGAGAUGGGUCUUCUUUGUACAACCAUUCGUCCGGCGAGAAGACGAGCAGUGACGACCAGUUCAGCUCGUCUCAGUUCAGCUCGCGCCAGCAGAGCCCCUCGAGCAAGCUGCGCAGCCCUUGCUUGAAGAAGGGCUCGUCCUUCUCCAGCAGCAUCACCUCCGGCGGUAUCAGCAUGCGCUCGUCGGUCAGCCACAGCCGCGAGUCGAGCGACAUGGCGGACGCCACGUGGCGAGCGCGCAUGCACCGCUUCCACAGCGUCAGCAAGAGCAACUUAGCGCAGGGCCUGUCUGGCCAGUCCUCCCUGGACAGCCUCUGCAGCCACUCCAUCGUCAGCCGAUCCGACUCCAGCAUCUCGAGCAGCAUAGCCGCGCAUCUGUCGCACAAUGCCUCUAAGAACAGCCUGGACUUCCCCUGGAAGCCGUACAACGCGGCACAGCUGCACAAUGAGCAGCAGCAUCAUCAGCACUAUCCGCGGACCCAGCAGCAGCAACAGCAGCAGCAGGGACUGCGUCACCAGCCCUCGUUUCCCCUACAGCAGCGUUGCUCGCAGCCGCUGGAGACGCGGCCCCGCGCCGCCACUGUAGACCGUGGCGACCGAUACCCGCGCUAUCAGAGCAGCAGCUGCACCCAGCUGCAUGGCAUUGGCGAUAACACGGCUCUGGGUGACGUGCUCGACGGCUCUCUGACUGAUCGCCUCGGCAAAGGCAGGCACCGGUCGCGCCUGGCCCGCGCCUGGCACAGACUCACUCCCGGCGGUGGCGGUGGUGGUGGCAGCGUACGCAGCACCAGCAACAGCUCUAGCUGGAACAGCCUCACGGCCAAACGGCGCUCCGUGCCGCAGAGUCCUCGCUCCGCUAGCUUGUUCUCCUCGCUGCCCUCGUCAAACCAGACGAGUGUGGAUUCGAAUGGCAGCACGUCGAUUGUGGGCACGGCGUUGCGCGCACGCUGGGCCAGGAGUAGAUACAGUGAUAGCACAAGUGGAAGCGGCAGCUGCACCAGUCGUAGCCCGUCGGUCAGAGCUGCCAACAGCCUCACCAGCAUCAACGACCUCUGGACAUCGCAGCUCUCCUACCAGCACCAACAGCAGCAGCCGCAGCAGCAGCAGCAGCAGCUGUACCACAAGCGCCGGCUGCUGCAGAACCAUAAGCGGCAGCUGUCUCAGCCGCAGCUCCGCAACGCGCCUCACCGCGCGCUUGCUCACACGGCGUCGGCCGCUGUAUCGCCGCGCCACGCACAGUCCCUUGACAGUAUGAUACACCUGCCGCUGGAGGGCUGCUGCCACGUCAAGAUACGCCACGACCCGUGCGAACGCCUGCCGGCCGUGCGCCAGAGCUCGUCGAGUAGCAGCGAGGAGGGCUCAAGUCUUCCAAAGACCUUGACCACCGCCGCUACGCCAGUGCAGGAUUCGCCCUGCCUGGCCCCGAACAGCGCCGAAGUGUGCGGAUCGUCGACGGAGACGCUGUUCCAUCGCGCCGCCGUCGACUCUACCGGCAGUGCCGGCGCCGCCACUGCCAAGACGGCGAGAAGCGUUUCGCUGAGUGACGGUGGCGGCAGUGCCGAGUCGCCCGCACUGCGGCAGUCGCCCGCGUCGUCAUCCCCGUCCGUACGGCUACGUAGCCAAUUGAGUGUUGGCAAGCUGGCCGUGUGUGACGAUCAGCCGGAGCAGAAGCACCGCUGCCUGUCUGCCGAGGUUGCCUCGCUCUCCGGAGACUCCGAAGACGAAUCUCGAGGUCCUUCGGCGCCCCCGGCUAUCGUGUCGCGCGUUCGAGGGAAGUCAGAAGGCGCUGACAAGGACGACAUCAGCAUCCCGCUCGGCCGCACUGUCACCAAGCGUGAUUCCAAGCACGCCGAACUCAAGCUCGCGCCCGCUGCCAUUGCAUCGCUAUCUCACAAGCUACACAGAUCAGACCCGUGCAUCUGGUACGCCGUUGACGGCAAGGCGAGAGUCUGCGCCAACAGCUUCAGCAUGUCGCCGUGGCUUCCCAUGCAGGACGGCAGUUCGGCGACUCUCAGCUCGCGCAAGAGCAAGGUGAAGAAGCUGUGGCGUACGGUGCUAGUCGCCCGACGUAUCAUUCCCCGCUCCUCAAACCCGGCAGUUAACCAUGGCAACGGGGCGAGUGAUCCGACGAUCGAUCGGCAGAAGAGUUCUCGCUCUUCCAUCUUCUCCUCCAGGAGGAGCGUUGCCGUUGGCGACAAAGAUGCGCACGCGGCGCACGAUGAUCAAUGCUCGUCAUCGCGAACUCCACUCGCAACCAGUUUGUCUCGCAGUAUUGCCGGAUCGAGCGGCAGCAGCGCUAUCGCCCCGGACAGCAGCAACACCAUUGGCAGUUCUCCUGCAGCUACUGCUGCCGAUCGGCAGGUGGACGCGGCACAGACGUUGCCGCCGGAGAGCCUUGAAUCCGUGACCAGCACGCACAACAAGAACUGGCGCACGUCGGAGCAUACUCUGUGCGGCAGUGUGAGUUCGGUGCCAACCGGACCUGGUUCUAUCUCCGGCUCCGCCUCCGGGCCACAGUCCGGGCAUAGCUCGCAAACCCAUCACAUUACCAGCAUCGUGGCGGCGAUGAAGAAAACAAGGGGUGGUGGUGGCGGUGGUGGUGGCAGAGCGGGGUCAAUGUCCCCUAUGGAGUCUCGCCGACACAUGUCGAUCUCGCUGGCCGACUUCCGCGCCUCCUGCCUCACCGGCCCGACGGCGGAGAGCAGUGCUCCGCGUGGUGGAACGUUGAGCGGGCGUGUCAGCAGAGCCCUAGGUGCGUGGGGCAUGUUGUCGCGCAAGGACAGUAAGAGCGGACAGAUGCAUCAGGUGCAGUCGCUGGAGCAUGUCGUGCAGAGCUCCGCCACCGCGGCGACGACUGCCACGCCGUCCAAGCAGACACGCUCGUCGUCCGUCAGCGCCAUGAAGUUCGGCCGACGGUCUCACUCGCUGGCCGAGACGGCGGUGUCGACCAGCAGCCUGUCCUCCGGCCUGCACCGCCGCUCCGACUCCAUGGCAUCGACGCAGAGAGGUAGUCGCCCGUCGGUGUUCUUCCGCUCCCUGGGGCAUGCCAAGCGUCUUUUUCGCCGUCGCCUGACCAGCCGCGAGUCCAACAACGGCUCGUUUCAUAGCGGCAGCAGUGCCGGGCGGCGUAACAACUCUAACUUGACGGACGACUGGCCGCUUGACCCUACGCAAUCCAAGGCCAGGGUUUCCGGCGGUAGUGACGACGUCUUUGCAGAUUCCGCCGGUGAACAGCAGCACAGCGGUAGCGCUAAGCCAGCCGCCGUAGUGGCGCAGCCCCCCGAUACGGACAAUAACCUGCAGUUUGGCAUGUCGGCGAGCAAGAGCUCGUGGUCUCACUCGUCGUCGGAUGCCGCUCCCUCCACGUGCUACAACCCCGGCCUGGACGAUCUUGGACUCAGCUACACUCUGCCGGCCAGCACUAACCGCAGUGGCAAUCGGCAGCAACACCUGGCAACGUACCAGAACAUGGGCUUUGCUCAGUUGCAGGAUCCCGAGUGUUUGUUGCCGGACGACGAGGACCCCUGGACCGAUAGCCCACACCAGCAGAGCAAGGCACGUGGGGCCAAGACGCGCAUUGAACGCUUCGAGGAAACGCGAGGUUCGCCUCCUCAGUCGGCAGCCGAAACGUAUUCCGAUGCAGCCGAGCAGAGCUCCCCGCCUCGUACCAGGAGCUCGAGUAGAGAUCUCGCGGCAACAGCAGUGCCUCCACCAGCUCCAGCUCCCCCAGCAGCAACGAAGGCAACGGCUGAAGAAGUAGCGGCCGCCGCAAAUGCCAAACCCAAGGCGUCGCAGAAGAAGAGGUCGAGCAUCACCUCCACCUUCCGCCGCGGCCUGCUGAAGCGUACGUCUUGGACGAGCAAAUCCGACCUUGGCUUGGCGGCUUCCUCCAAAGCUAGCACUGGUACUUCACGACAGAGCAUCCCAGAAGCAAGCGGCGACGCCAAGCAAGCCAAGUACACCAACAUGCAAGAGGAACUGACGUCGGAGAUUUCAAAGGCGAGAAGCCGCUUGCGCUCCACUCGCACCCUGCCCAACAUCAAACAGACCGACGAGGACGGUAGCCAUGAUCAGACUUCUACUCCGCUACCACGCACAAAGCCAGCGCUACCAGCAGUGAUAACGCGCAGAGAACAGUCGAGUGCCGCCGCCGAAGACGCCACCACCAUCGCCGUGACGGUCAUCACUGCGUCCUCCUCCACCGCACUGCUCAAGCAGAAGUUUGAGCAAAUGGCCAGCGUAAACGCGGUGCAGCCGCAGAAGCUGCGCGGAUCUGGUGGCUCCGUGCGCCCGCAGACCCAGUCGUCCACUAACGCAGCAACGUCCUUCGGGGCGAAGAGCGGCGGAAACUCGACAUCGGGCACGGUCGCACGCUCCCAGUCGUCCACCGCAGGUCUUCGCAAGACCCAAUCCAUGGGCUUUGCCGCCUUGAGUAUGGAUAUGAAGGCCAGGGCCAUUAACGAUACGUUUGGCAGUGCCACUGGUAUGAAGGGUAUGCAGGCCUCCGCCGCCAGUACAGCUAGCAGCCGCGCUGCGCUAAUGCGCAAGCAGCGCGCAGCAGGCGGUGGACAGCAGGGCAGCACUGAUACCAACAAUAACACCAACGGUGGAGCGGCCGGUUGUGGUGGCUGCACUGCCUGCACCGUUGGCCACCGCGCCGCCGCAUCCGCGUCCACGACGACGACGACUCACGCCGACAGUGCUACUGCUGGUGGUGCUGCUGGUGGUGGUGGUGAUGGUGACCAUGGAAACGGUGGCGGCGGUGACCAAACCGCGAUAACGGCUGCUUCCAGCACCGCCGCCGCCAGCACCAUAGCCCAUCGCACGGUGUCGGCGCGCAUGCGACUGGGCAGUCGCGGCUCGUCCAUGCGGGUGCGGGCCGGCGCUCGCGAGCGCAUCACGCGCCAGCAGUGCAAGGACCUGAUGGCGGGCAACUACUCGUCACGCUUCCAGACCAGCUCUGCCUCUGGCUCCGGUGGCAAGGGCGCACCCGCGGAAGGACACUCGCCGCUAAGCAGAGCGAAAAGCGUCGGACCGCCGAUGGCAAUAUCGGAGCAGGGCGGUGAUGAUGGCGAUGCCAACAACAAACCCAACAACAACAACAACAACAACAGUAAUAGUAACGGCAGCAGCAGCAGCCACAGCAAUUCAAACGCAAUGCUGCAGAAAUUGGCUAGUAUCGACGACGCGGCUAAGAGUAAGAGCCCCGUUAACAGCACUCUGGGUGAUGAUGGCGGUGUGGAGAUAGCUUUGUAGACUUCGCACAAGAAGAGCGAACACUCACCCAGUGGUGUGUUUUCAUCUCCACAAAUGAUGGUGCCCUGGAAUGGACGGUGGCUGCAGCGUCUGCCCUGUUUCGAUCGUCUGCCCUGUUUCGAUCGUCUCCAAGUACAAGACAAGCCCGAGCCUGUCACGUUGCUCUCUCUGUGAGUAAUUCAAGGGCAGGACUCGUGGCUAUGGAUGGCCUGGACGGUCCGUCGUGUUCGAUCUGGCCGUGCGCUUUUCGCUGCCCUCCGCGCCGGUGUGUGUGUGUCAUUCUCAAUGCCCCAUCCUUAGUGCAUUACAGUGUCCUUCUAGCCUGGUCUGCGACUGUGUUGCGUGAGGUGCUGACACCGGAGAAGACAGCUUCUGCUCCACUGCCAUGCCGUCAUCUAGAGCUUUGUGAAGCUUUGCACAUUCCUCACGAGUCUUGCCAAUUGUUCGUGCAGUUCUUUUUCCUAUCAGGGCUGGCCCCCUUGUGCGCGUGUGUGUGUGUGUGUGUGUGUGUGUGUGUGUGUGUGUGUGUGCGUGUGGGUGUGUGUGUGGGUGUGUGUGCACGCAUGUGCAUGUGUCUCACUUUUGGUCGUCUAGAUUCCUUUUAUAAUUUUAUCAAGGAGAAUCUCUGUAGGGCCCUCAAGACAGUUGUCUCCCCAACCGGACAGGAUCAUCCAUAGACGCAGUUUGAAUAGUUUGAUUAAACUUCCCCUCUCUUUCCCCCUCUCGUCCAGCUUAUGAAUUUCUAUUUUCCAAAGACAAUAUUUACUGACCUCCCCUCUCCUCUCACGGGUCUGCCAUCCUGUAUAAUAUGGCGGUGACUCGCGCCGAAUUUGUGCAUCAUCCCCGCUCAGUUGUCAUGCCCAACGCGCAGAAUUGCACGAGCGUGCACACCGCACUCGCAUUCUCGCAUUCACAGGCGCUGCGCAAGGGCACCCUUGGCGAUCAUCAUGUCUUUUUUUUCCCCGUCGCUGUCUAUUCUUGAGUAUUUUUUUUGCAUCGCAUUUUUUGAUUACCACCUUUCCGUACUAUAUUAUUCACAGUUUCACUAGCCACAUGUACAAAUGCUCUCCUGCACGCACACAAGUAAACACAAACGCACGCACACAUGUACACACACACACACACACGGACACACACACACUCCCCUAAGUCGGGGGCGUACUACUUCACUUCCUAUUUUUUUCAUCCG